ACAACAUUGUACAACUUUAUCCAAUAACUUUUAAUCAUACUGAAUAACCUCAAUGUCCUAGUUGCAUCAAGACAUUUUCGCAAUAACUGCCAGUAGUCCUACCUAUUGAGCUCCGAGCAUUCCUCACCCAUUUCUGCAAGGCAUUGCAAGGCACUGCACCAUGGAUGCUAAGUCGCUAUUUGAGGGACAGAAAUUGGUGAAACUACCAGCAAUUGCUCAUGAUGAUCCUUUUGUUAAAGUGGUGAAAACUCUAUCGAUGUAUGUGUGCUGAAAACUGAUACAUUAAGACCUCUACCUAAUCUACAAUGUUAGAUACUUCAUCGAUGAAAUUGUCCUGCCUUCAACCUUCGAACAAUUGCGAUCGAGAUCUGCAGGAAACACAGUCCGAAUACUUGUUGAACAUCUCGUCGAAAAUGUUACCAAUCCUGCAAUUAUAAAUGCAAUCUUGUCAGUACCAUAUGAAAGAUGCUUGUAUCUAAGUAACUGAGACUAUCAGAACACUAAAAUGGCACUUCUCUACCCUCGAUAUAGAUGAUCGUGGAAUCAAUGAAACUCGAGCAAGCGCAUGUGAAAUAGUAGCAUGGAGAUUUUUGUCAAGAAUAUCAGAGCGAGAUGCUGUCGAUUUUUGCCUUUACGAAUUACCUCUACCUACUCUUCAACGAUCAGAGGAGAGUCAAGCUACGGAACAUUCCACUUUAUUGCCACAAUUCAGAGAACGGGAUUCACCUCCUGGUACUAGACCACCUAGCCAGAACAAAAAAACCGAACUAUUGCGGUCAAUAGGGACUUUCUUCACUCACAAUGAUGUGGACGAUGAUGAGGAUGAUCCAACAUCGUCUUUUACUGGAUUGAAUGGUCUUGAAAUUGCAGCAGUAGCUGAUUGCAAGAAAUUUCUCAGUCAAAGAAUUGUUCAAAAGAUUAUAACUGGGAUUUGGAAAGGAGAUAUUACUUUUUGGGGAAGCCUAAAUGAGCAUACACAAAAGAAAGCUCAAUUUUACAACAGAAAGAAGUCGGAUCCAUUUUCGAGAUUGCGAGUGCCGAGAUAUAUCAAGACAUUCGAAGUUUUAUUCUUUGCUUCUUUCUUGUUUUUGUACUAUGCAGUCCUUGUUGAACGAAAUCCGUAAGUGCUAUGCUUGUUAUCAGUCCCUCAAUGCCUAACACAUCGUACAGAUACAAAAUUACCGCGCUUGAGGUUCUCCUCUACGUUUGGUUUGCUGCUUUUGCUUAUGAUGAACUCGGAGAGUUCAUAGAUGCAGGGUCAAUAUUUUAUGCUGUUGAUAUAUGGAACGCAUGCGAUUUGAUGAUUGUUUUCAUUGGAGUGGUAUUCCUACUCACACGUUUGUCUCCUUAGUCCAGACGUUGAAACAACAUCUGACAUUGAUUAGGUGUAAUUGGCUUAACGAAGGAUAGUGGUAGAAUCAUUGACAUGGCUUUUGAUUGUCUAUCAUUGGAGGCGCUAUUUAUUAUACCUCGGUUAGUUAUAUUUGUGCACGUGACCGUUCAUUAAACGAGAACUGACUUUUAUUAGAAUAUUCUCGAUUCUCUCACUCUAUCCCUACUUCGGUACUAUGAUACCUUGUCUAAAGGAAAUGGCCAAAGACUUCGUAAAAUUCAUGGUCAUAGUUGGGAUUCUAUAUAUUGGCUUCCUCACGACGUUUAGUUUUCUUGCACGUGAUACAUUUACACUUAAAGAGAUGUUUUGGGUUUUAAUUAAAAUUUUCUUCGGUUCGUCAUACCUUGGUUUUGACAUCAUGUACCAAAUUUCUGAAGAAUUUGGUCCUCCCCUGAUGCUCAUCUUCGUCUGCAUGACGAAUAUUCUUCUCAUCACAUCCUUAAUCAGUAUCCUAAGCGAUAGUUUCUCAAAAGUUAUCAGCCAUGCUAGGGAAGAAUACCUAUUUGUGUACUCGGUUUAUGUCCUCGAAGCAUCAACAUCAAAUCGACUCACACACUUUUAUCCUCCACUAAAUCUGAUUCCUCUCAUCCUCAUCAGACCUCUUAGACUUUUCAUGAGUUCUUCUACUCUACGUCGAACUCGUAUAGGAUUACUAAAAGCAACACAUGCACCAAUCGUAUUGGCGAUUAAUCUUUUCGAAGGCGUUUAUGAAUAUAUUCAAGAUCCAUCUUCUUUCCCUCAUACAUCUAUUGCUACAGGACCUGUUACACCUACUAAUAGCGGACUCGGUAGUAAUGUUGGUGAUAACGGGAUUGGUACAGGAGAACCAGCAUACAAAGGAAAAGCCAAGAAGAAAUUCUUGACAGGUCGUAUUGGAACAAACCAAUCUUUACAUUUUCUGGAUGGACCAAAUAUUGUAGAUGGAGAGGCGAGUCCAUUGGUUACUGGAAAGUGGGAAGGGAAUGUUAGAGGGCUGAAAGCGGGUUGUUCAGAAUCUAUUAAUGCUAAUGGAAGGGGUAAGGUUAAUAAACGAAUAGUGUUUUCGGCGGAGGAUAGUGGAUUGGGAGGGGAAGAUAGGGAUAAUGAUAUUGAUGGGAGAAUACAGGAAGAAAAGGAAAGGGCAAGUGAGAGGGAAAGAUUGGAAAAUAAAGUAGAUGAAUUAGCUAAAAGGAUAGAAGAGUUAACGAGGUUGUUUAUGGCGGAUAAGGGGAUGGCUGAAGAGGAGAUUUAGGAUGGAGAUUUUUAAGGAGGUUGAUUGGAUGAGGAUAGCUUGAGUUGUAUAAUUGAAGAAGAAAAUUAAUAUAUAUAUCAAAUAUAAGAUGGAUGAGUAGAUCAGAUAAGUAUAAAUAUAAAUAU